AUGGUCGAACUAGAAAAACAAAUAGUGGACCUGAGACAUGCUAAGAAUAAACUAGAGUGUGAUUUAGAAAAAUUUCAACAACAUGCACGUCGGAAAUCUUUUAGAAUAGUUGGCAUGAAGGAAUUACAUGGUACAAGUGUCCUGGAGCAGGUGCUUACCUUAUGCGAAGAUAACCUAAAAACUCGAGUUUUGGAAGAGAAUAUUGAAAAUUGUUUUUGGUUAGGAAGAAAGAAGAACGAACAGCGUUCUGUCUUGUUUACUGUAAAUUCUCAUAACCUGAAAAUGAAGCUUCUGAGAAACAGGAAGUUGCUGAAAGGUUCAGGAAUAACUCUUACUGAAGAUAUGUCACCUGCUCGAUAUAACCUGUAUCAAAAGGCCGUGCAGAAAUGGGGUAAGCAGAAGACCUGGUUUUAUAACGGAGUAAUAUGGGUGAAACUGCGAGAAAACAAGUUACAGAUAAAAACGGAAGAGGACUUGAAUAACAUGGCGCAGUAA